GCUUGCAUCACGCCCGCAUGCUGGGACUGCGGCCACGGCUCAAGGCGCGGCCUUCUCUGCUGGAUCUGAUUCGCGAGGGCAGCAUCAAGGGCUCCAGCGACGGCGAGGCCAGCAGUGACAGCGAGAGCGAGGGAGAGGGCGACAGCGCCCGGUCCCCUGGCCUCCAGCAGCCUGCGGGUGCAGCCACAGGCCCUCCAGCUGCUAACGGCACCGCUGCGUCCGCUGGAGGCGCCGCCGCCUCGGGGGCCAGUUUUGGGGGCUCUGUCCAUGUUAGCGGGCUCGCCCGGGCUGGUGGGACUGGCAGCGCUACAUCAUCGCCUCCACCCCCGAGCCCUGUGCUGUUGCCUCCAACUGCUGUCGAGCUUCCUCUGCCCGACUCUCCACCUGCAUCUGCAUCUGUCUCUCCUCCGCCCUCAUCCCCCGACGCUUCUCCUGCCUCUGCCGACACAGAGCACGACGACGACGACGCCUCUCCUCCCCAAUCUCGCACGAUGCCUUCUAAGACGACACAGCCAGAUGGCGAUGCCGUUCAUUAUGGCAAGAUCUACUCCAUCUCAGGUCCCGUCAUUGUCGCCGAAGACAUGAUCGGUGUUGCCAUGUACGAGCUGGUUAAAGUUGGUCACGACAACCUCGUCGGUGAGGUCAUUCGAAUCAAUGGCGACCAAGCCACCAUUCAGGUCUACGAGGAAACCGCCGGUGUCAAGGUUGGCGAUCCUGUUGCGCGAACGGGCAAGCCCUUGUCCGUUGAACUGGGCCCCGGCCUGCUCAACAGCAUCUACGACGGUAUCCAGCGACCCCUCGAAAGCAUCUCCAAGAUGGCCAAGUCCAUCUAUAUCCCUCGCGGUGUUGCCGUCCCGGCCCUCGAUCGAGAAAAGAAGUGGGAGUUCACCCCUCAGCUCAAGGUUGGCGACCACAUCUCUGGCGGCGAUGUCUGGGGAACCGUGUUUGAAAACUCCUUCUUGGCUGUCCACAAGAUCUUGUUCUCCCCGCGAGCGCGAGGUGUCAUCACGAGAAUUGCCCCCAAGGGCGAAUAUACUGUCGUCGAGAAGAUUCUCGAGGUCGAGUUCGAUGGCAAGAAGACGGAGUAUCCCAUGAUGCAGAGCUGGCCCGUCCGAGUUCCCCGUCCCACCUCCGAGCGCUUGACCGCCGAUCAGCCCUUCGUCGUCGGCCAGCGAGUUCUGGAUGCCCUCUUCCCCAGUGUUCAGGGUGGUACCGUUGCCAUCCCCGGUGCUUUCGGCUGCGGCAAGACUGUCAUUAGUCAGUCCGUGUCCAAGUUCUCCAACAGCGACAUCAUCGUGUACGUUGGCUGCGGCGAACGUGGCAACGAAAUGGCCGAAGUUCUGAAGGACUUCCCCGAGCUCACCAUUGACGUCGACGGCCGCAAAGAACCCAUCAUGAAGCGAACCUGCCUCAUCGCCAACACCUCCAACAUGCCCGUCGCUGCUCGUGAGGCCUCCAUCUACACCGGCAUUACGGUGGCCGAAUACUUCCGUGACCAGGGCCUCAACGUCGCCAUGAUGGCUGAUUCGUCUUCUCGAUGGGCCGAGGCGUUGCGUGAAAUCUCUGGUCGUUUGGGAGAAAUGCCUGCUGAUCAGGGUUUCCCCGCCUACCUGGGUGCCAAGCUCGCUUCCUUCUACGAGCGAGCCGGCCGAGCCCAGACUCUGGGAUCGCCCGAGCGGAGCGGCAGUGUCAGCAUCGUCGGUGCCGUCAGCCCUCCCGGCGGUGACUUUUCCGACCCCGUCACCACCUCCACGCUCAACAUUGUCCAGGUCUUCUGGGGUCUGGACAAGAAGCUCGCUCAGCGAAAGCACUUCCCUUCAAUCAACACUAGCGUCUCCUACAGCAAGUAUACCAAUGCACUCGACAAGUGGUACGAGCAGAACAACCCCGAUUUCCCCAGGCUGCGCGAGCGCGUCAAGCAGUUGAUUUCCGAUUCGGAAGAGCUGGAUCAGGUCGUGCAGCUGGUCGGCAAGAGCGCGCUGUCCGACAACGACAAGAUUACGCUUGAUCUUGCCGUCCUCGUCAAGGAAGAUUUCCUGCAGCAGAACGGUUACUCCGACUACGACCAGUUCUGCCCGCUCUGGAAGACGGAGUGGAUGAUGAAGCUCAUGAUUGGCUUUUACGAUGAAGCGCAAAAGGCCAUUGCUCAGGGCCAGAGCUGGGCAAAGGUCCGCGAGUCGACGAGCGACCUGCAGGCCAAGCUGCGUCAGCUCAAGUUUGAGGUGCCCACCGAGGGCGAGGACGUCAUUGUCAAGAAGUACGAGGCUAUCCAACAAGAGAUGCUGGACAAGUUUGCAUCGGUUGCUGACGAGUAAGGGGAUGCCUCGAUGUAUUUGUUUCUCUUCGGUUGUUUUGUAGAUGUUGCGCGUAUAAAUGUUUGGUGCAGCUUGGGCCCUGGAGUACUGUUAUACAAGUCGGAAAUGCAGGAGGGUAGAAGACAGCCGGAAGACUGUGAGCCGCCGCCUAAUCUUGUACUGGCUUAAUGCCGAUAAGCUUAUGCUUCUUUAUUGAUCCUUUGACAAUUU